CCUCUUUCAUUUUCUUUUUCAUUCUCUCCUUCAUUCUUUCUGUCUCUGGUACGGCGGAGUCGCAGUGGGGGCUGGAGCUGGGGGAAAAAAACAACAAAAAAAACGCUGGUUUCAGCAGGCUGCCAUGCGGCAUGAAUGGACAGAGAGAAAGAGAGAGAGGGAGGCAGGAGGACGGAGAGAUCCCGCAGCUCAGCUUUGUUCCUGCUAAUCAGCAGUGUCGAGCCCCAGCGCAGAUCUAAACAAGGGUUUUUACGAUCCGGGGAUCGCGCCGUGACCUCCAGGCAUCCCAGAUCGCUGCUUUAGCGCCGAGGAAUCCCCGGAUCUCCGCUCGGCACCAGCAUGCGCGUCAGCCAGAGAUGACGACAGGACGCUCGCGGCUUUUCCAGAAACGCAGUCGGAUACCGGAUCGCUGCUUCUGCACUCUGGAGUGACCUGAGGGCUUUGAUCAGAGUGGAUGAGGACGAGGACGACGACAGAGGUGGAGGUGGAUGGGGGGGGUAUUGCGUUUUUUUUAAAUUUUAUUUUCUAAGCACCGAUGAGGUCUGAGCGAAUGAGUCGCGUGUGUAUCGUCGUCCUGGAGGAGGUAGAGGACGACGAGCCCUCCCCUCUGCAUUCCAAAACAGUGCAGGACCACGUUUCCCAGCAUUCCCCGUCCGACACCGAGGACGAGAAGCCUUCAUUGUUGAAAGCCAUCUUUAAUGUGGAUCCUGAUGAAGUUCGUGCUCUCAUAUUCAAAAAGGAGGACGUCAACGUCCAGGAUAAUGAGAAGAGGACUCCCCUCCACGCUGCAGCCUACUUGGGUGAUGCUGAGAUCAUUGAGCUUCUCAUUCUGUCAGGCGCGAGAGUGAAUGCCAAGGAUAACAAGUGGCUGACCCCUCUUCACCGUGCUGUUGCCUCCUGCAGCGAGGAGGCCGUUCAGGUGCUGCUGAAACACUCGGCAGACGUGAACGCUCGCGAUAAGAACUGGCAGACCCCGCUGCAUGUGGCGGCGUCUAACAGAGCGGUGGGCUGCGCCGAGGCGCUCGUCCCCCUGCUCAGCAACGUGAACGUCUCGGACCGCGCCGGACGCGCCGCCCUGCACCACGCUGCCUUCAGCGGACACCUGGAGAUGGUGAAGCUUCUGCUGUCCAGAGGAGCCAACAUCAACGCGUUCGAUAAGAAGGAUCGGAGAGCUCUCCACUGGGCUGCGUAUAUGGGUCAUAUGGAGGUGGUGCGCUUGUUGGUGUCUCAAGGCGCCGAGGUGGUGUGUAAGGACAAGAAGGGCUACACGCCACUACACGCUGCCGCCUCAAGCGGGAUGAUCGGGGUGGUGAAAUACCUGCUGGAUCUGGGCGUCGAGAUAAAUGAACCGAACGCGUACGGAAACACUCCGCUGCACGUGGCGUGCUACAACGGUCAGGACGUGGUAGUGAACGAGUUGAUCGAGUCAGGUGCUAACGUCAACCAGGUGAACGAGAAGGGCUUCGCACCGCUGCACUUUACCGCUGCCUCGCGCCAGGGGGCGCUGUGUCUGGAACUGCUAGUGGGUAACGGAGCCGACGUCAACAUCAAGAGCAAAGAUGGGAAGACCCCGCUCCACAUGGCCGCCAUUCACGGCAGGUUCUCCAGAUCUCAGGCUGUCAUUCAGAACGGAGCCGAGAUCGACUCCGAAGACAAGAACAGAAACUCGCCCCUGCACAUAGCAGCUCGGUACGGUCACGAGCUCCUCAUCAACACCCUCAUCGGCAACGGCGCUGACGUAGCCAAACGCGCGCCCACGGCAUGUUUCCUCUUCACCGCCGCCCUGAGUGGCUUCCCUGACUGCUGCCGGAAACUUCUGUCCUCCGGUUUCAAUGUGGACGCUCCUGACGACUUUGGCAGGACGUGUUUGCAUGCGGCGGCAGCUGGGGGAAAUCUGGACUGUUUAAAUCUGUUGCUGAACACCGGAGCUGACUUCAACCGGAAGGACAGUUUCGGAAGGACACCACUGCACUAUGCAGCCGCUAACUGUAAUUACCAGUGCCUGUUUGCACUAGUGGGCUCAGGGGCGAGUGUGAAUGACACGGACAUGAGAGGCUGCAGCCCUCUGCACUACACUGCUGCCUCAGACACCGACGCCAAGUGCUUGGAGUAUUUAUUGCGUAACGAUGCCAAUCCAGGGAUCCGAGACAAACAGGGCUACAAUGCAGUGCACUACGCCUCGGCCCACGGUCACCGCCUCUGCCUCGAACUGAUUGCCAGUGAAACCCCGCUGGAUGUGCUUAUGGAGACGUCUGGGAACGAUAUCUUGAAUGACACCAAUGGCCAGGCUCCCAUCAGCCCUUUACACUUAGCAGCUUACCACGGCCAUCAUCAGGCUCUGGAGGUGCUGGUUCAGUCCCUGUUGGACCUGGAUGUGCGAACAGUGCAGGGACACACGCCACUGGACCUGGCUGCCUUUAAAGGCCAUGUGGAAUGUGUGGAUGUGCUCAUCAACCAGGGAGCGUCCAUCCUGCUGAAGGAAUACACACACAAAAGAACUCCCAUUCAUGCUGCAGCCAUGAACGGCCACUCGGAAUGUCUCCGCCUCCUCAUCAGUAACGCCGGCCCACCAUCAGCCGUCGACGUCCACGACGGGAACGGACAAACCCCUCUCAUGCUGGCGGUCCUGAACGGACAUACGGAGUGCGUCUACUUCCUGAUCAGCAAAGGAGCCAACGUGGGAGCCCGGGACAAGUGGGCCAGGACGGCCCUUCACCGCGGGGCGGUGACUGGGCACGAGGCAUGUGUGGAGGCACUGUUGCAGCACGGGGCCAGUGUGUGUGUGCGGGACAGCAGAGGGCGCACAGCCAUGCACCUAGCCGCAGCGUGCGGUCACAUCGGGGUGCUGGGGUCACUGCUGCAGGCUGCACACUCCCAAAACACGGUUCCAGUCAUCAUGGAUAGCUGUGGAUACACUGCACUGCACUGGGCCUGCUACAACGGUCAUGAUACAUGUGUAGAGGCUCUGUUAGAGCAGGAGGUGUUCCACAGAAUGGAGGGAAACUCCUUCAGUCCACUUCAUUGUGCUGUAAUCAGUGAUAAUGAAGGUUCAGCUGAGCUGCUGAUUGACACAUUGGGUCCUGCCAUUGUUAACGCCACCGACUCCAAAUCCAGGACGCCCCUGCAUGCCGCAGCCUACACGGACCACGUGGAAUGUCUCCAGCUGCUUCUCGGGCACAACGCCCAGGUGAACGCCAUCGACGCUCUGGGCAAGACACCCCUCAUGAUGGCGGCUGAGAACGGCCAGACGAACACCGUGGAGGUGCUGGUGACGAAAGCGAAGGCAGACCUCACGCUCCAGGACGCAAACAAGAACACGGCCCUACAUUUAGCCUGCAGCAAGGGCCAUGAAACCAGUGCCUUGUUAAUUCUGGAGAAGGUCUCGGACCGGAACCUGAUCAACGCGACAAACACAGCUCUACAGACGCCGCUGCACGUCGCUGCCCGUAACGGACUCGCGGUCGUAGUGCAGGAGCUGCUGGGUAAAGGCGCGAGUGUCCUGGCUGUGGAUGAAAAUGGUUACACCCCAGCUUUAGCGUGUGCCCCGAACAAAGACGUGGCCGACUGCCUGGCGCUGAUCCUGGCCACCAUGAUGCCCGUCUCCCCGGCCAGCACGGGCACCGUUUCCGGGCUCACCUUCAGCGCCAUAAACCAUUACUGUAGCCCUUCCAAAGGAGUGACCUUCGACCCUGUACCCGGGAUGCGCUCCGGACACCCGUCUUACUGCAGCUUCAACAGUCUGGGUCGUGAAGACGGAAUCGUGGUCCACGACGAGGAAUUUAACGACUCGGAUUCUGAGACGUACUGAGGAUCACGCUUUCAUCUCGGAGCGCUCGGUCCCUGGAGAUCUCCGAACCAAAUCGAGCGCUGCGACUUUUGUGUUUUGGAACGAGAAAUGUGCUGCUACAAUUCUGGGAGUUCAUUUAGGAAAAUCCGGAUGGAAUUACUGCCGCUACGACUUUAUUCUCGUAAUUUCGACUUUGAAAUCAUAGCGUUAUAAGAAUAUUCCCCUAAUUUCUACUUUAUUCUCGCAUUCCUACGACUUUAUUUACAUAUCACUACGACUUUAUUCUCGGAGUCUUCGAUUUUAUAUAUAUAUAUUUUUUACAUGGCACUAAAACAACUCCGUACUAAAUGCGGAUUUCAUAACAACAAAAACAAAGUUCAAGGUUUCAAAAAUUAUCUCUGGUUUCCAUCAUCAAUAUAACGAAGUUCACUCGUUCAUUAAGACUCAUGUGGUCCUGUUGGCGACGGUAUUGACACGGGUGUUAUUCAGCUCAUUACACGUGUUUUCGGAGGUUCCUGGGUUUUGUUUUUCACCUUCAAAACGACAUUCGAUGGGAAAUUCCGUUUCAUUUCAAUAUUAAAGUACAUUUUUUCCGUAUAGCAACAUCUCACCUCCUACCUCGGAUGGCGGCACUCGAGCCUUUCCAAAUCGAAUAAAAAAGGGAAUUGCUGUUCCAAAAUUGGUUUUAAAUUUGAGAAAAAAAAUUCUCGUAAUUUCAACUUUAUUCUCCUUAUUUCGACUUUAAAGUCGUAGCGCUACAAGAAUAUUCUCGUAUUGUGACGACUUCAUUCUCAUAAUCGUUAUUUUAAAUUUUUUGUAUUAUUAUUUUCUUUACGUAGCGCUAAAACGCCAUCAUAGGUUCCAAAAUGUUAAAUCCUCCGUGUUACAAUUAAACGCAAUUACACACACAGAAUUAGAAAUUUGACUAGAUUUUUAUUUAAUUUGAAUCAAUUCUGAUUGUAGUGGCACGUUUCUCAUUCCGUUCCUUUCGAGCUACAGUUCGCUUCCUUAAACGUCUCGGAAGCGUCUCAAGAGCAGGAGUGGGAGAAACCAGGACGUUGUGGAUCGUCGUCGUUACAGCAUGAUCUGGAUUGUGUUCGCCAUCACCCAUGGGUUCAGUUCUUCCAGUCCUACGUUCUGAUGCAUUUAACAUCUACACACUCAUCAUAAUAAUAAUAAUAAUAAUAAUAAUAAUAAUAACGACUACUGUGGAAGCUCCUCGAAACAAUCCCUGCCUGGAGAAGAGAAAGGGAAGAAAAUCAUGUAACCCAGGGGACCAAGAUGCCCUUUAUAAAGCAUGAGUUUGUAUUUUU